AGGUUCGAGUCCUACGCUGCCUGCUUGCAGUGGCCUGGUUCUGAGCUAAGGCUUCCCUGCUCUGAGCCCUCUCCACUGGUGUCCCCGUGCUGCCAUCUGCUGGCCCUGUGACCUCUGACUCAGCUGCUUGGUUCCUUCCAGAGCCUCCCUUCACAGUGUCACCGUGUCAUUGUCACUGUCACCACCGCAGCGGCCCAUAGAGCAUGAACAAUCUGGCCUGUGCGUCCCGGUGGACUCAGAGCUGUGUCUCCUCGCAGGUGAGCCCAGGCCGCAAUGGGGAGCUCCCGGGACCUCUGCCCACACCUGGACUCCAUAGGGGAGGUGACCAAGGAGGACCUGCUGCUCAAGUCGAAGGGCACCUGCCAGUCAUGCGGCGCCGCGGGACCCAACCUGUGGGCCUGUCUGCAGGUGUCCUGUCCCUACGUCGGCUGCGGAGAGUCCUCUGCGGACCACAGCACCCUCCAUGCACAGGCCAAGAAGCACAGCCUGACCGUGAACCUGACCACCUUCCGGGUAUGGUGCUAUGCGUGCGAGCGAGAGGUCUUCCUGGACCAGCGGCUGGCAGCCCCGCCCGAGCAGGGCUCCGUGCCGCCCUGCCACCCCCUGAAGGCAGUGCCCAUUGCUGUGGCUGACGAAGGGGAGUCGGAGUCUGAGGAGGAUGACCUGAAACCUCGAGGCCUCACAGGCAUGAAGAACCUCGGCAACUCCUGCUACAUGAACGCUGCCCUGCAGGCUCUGUCCAACUGCCCCCCGCUGACGCAGUUCUUCCUGGAGUGUGGUGGCCUGGUGCGCACAGACAAGAAGCCAGCGCUGUGCAAGAGCUACCAGAAGCUGGUCUCCGAGGUCUGGCACAAGAGGCGGCCAAGCUAUGUGAUCCCCACCAGCCUGUCUCACGGGAUCAAGUUGGUGAACCCGAUGUUCCGCGGCUACGCCCAGCAGGACACCCAGGAGUUCCUGCGCUGCCUCAUGGACCAGUUGCACGAGGAGCUCAAGGAGCCCGUGGUGGCAUCCAUGGCCGCGCUGACAGAGGCCCGGGACUCGGACUCCAGUGACACGGAUGAGAAGCGGGAGGGCGACCGCAGCCCCUCAGAGGACGAGUUCCUGUCCUGUGACUCCAGCAGCGACCGGGGUGAGGGCGACGGGCAGGGCCGCGGCGGAGGUGGCUCGCAGGCUGAGGUAGAGCUGCUUGCGGCGGAGGAGGCCGGCCCCGCCAUCUCAGAGAAGGAGCGCCUGAAGGACCGCAGGGGCGCCUGGGGCCAGCAGCGUAGCAGCUCGGAGCAGGUGGACGAGGACGCCGAUGUGGACACGGCCCUGGCUGAGCAGCCGUCCGAGGGCCAGCCGCCAUCGCCACGGCCCCGCAGCCCUUGCCGGACUCCAGAGCCUGACAACGAUGCCCACAUCCGCAGCCCCUCUCGUCCCUGCAGCCCGGUUCACCUCCACGAGGGCCAUGCUAAGCUGUCUAGCAGCCCCCCUCGUGCGAGCCCUGUACGGACAGGGCCAUCCUACGUGCUCCGGAAAGCCCAGGUCUCAGGCAGCCGGAGGCGGAAGGAGCAACGCUACCGCAGUGUCAUCUCUGACAUCUUCGAUGGCUCCAUCCUCAGCCUUGUGCAGUGUCUCACCUGUGACCGGGUGUCCACCACAGUGGAGACGUUUCAGGACCUGUCGCUGCCCAUUCCUGGCAAGGAGGACCUGGCCAAGCUGCACUCUGCCAUCUACCAGAACGUGCCGGCCAAGCCAGGCACCUGCGGGGACAGCUAUGUGGCCCAGGGCUGGCUGGCCUUCAUCGUGGAGUACAUCCGACGGUUCGUGAUCUCCUGCACCCCCAGCUGGUUUUGGGGGCCUGUGGUCACCCUGGAAGACUGCCUGGCUGCCUUCUUUGCUGCUGAUGAGCUGAAGGGUGACAACAUGUAUAGCUGCGAGCGCUGUAAGAAGCUGCGGAACGGUGUAAAGUACUGCAAGGUCCUGCGGCUGCCUGAGGUCCUGUGUAUCCACUUGAAGCGCUUCCGACACGAGGUGACCUACUCCUUCAAGGUCAGCAGCCACGUGUCCUUCCCCCUUGAGGGUCUCGACCUGCGCCCCUUCCUGGCCAAGGAGUGCACAUCCCAGAUCACCACCUAUGACCUGCUCUCCGUCAUCUGCCACCAUGGCACGGCAGGCAGUGGCCACUACAUCGCCUACUGUCAGAACGUCAUCAACGGGCAGUGGUACGAGUUCGACGACCAGUACGUCACUGAGGUGCACGAGACGGCCGUGCAGCACGCCGAGGCCUACGUGCUCUUCUACAGGAAGAGCAGCGAGGAGGCCGUGCGUGAGCGGCAGCAGGUGGUGUCGCUGGCCGCAGUGCGGGAGCCCGGCCUGCUGCGCUUCUACGUGUCCCGGGAGUGGCUGAACAAGUUCAACACGUUCGCUGAGCCGGGGCCCAUCAGCAACCAGUCCUUCCUCUGCGCGCAUGGAGGCAUCCCUCCCAACAAGUACCACUACAUCGACGACCUGGUGGUCAUCCUGCCGCAGACUGUCUGGGAGCACCUGUACAACAGGUUCGGGGGCGGCCCCGCCGUGAACCACCUGUACGUGUGCUCCGUGUGCCAGGUGGAGAUCGAGGCGCUGGCCAAGCGCAGGAAGGUGGAGAUCGACACCUUCAUCAAGCUGAACAAGGCCUUCCAGGCUGAGGAGUCGCCCGGCGUCAUCUACUGCAUCAGCAUGCAGUGGUUCCGCGAGUGGGAGGCCUUCGUCAAGGGCAAGGAUAAUGAGCCCCCGGGGCCUAUCGACAACAGCCGGAUCGCGCAGGUCAAGGGCAGCCACGUGCAGCUGAAGCCUGGGGCCGACUAUGGCCAGAUCUCCGAGGAGACCUGGGCUUACCUGAGCCGCCUGUAUGGCGGCGGCCCCGAGAUUGCCAUCCGCCAGAGUGUGCUGCAGCCCCCAGAUCCCGAGAGCCUGCAUGGCGAGCAGAAGAUUGAGGCUGAGACGCGCACCCUGUGACCCCGGCUCCUCCUUGGGGCGCUCAGAGCCCCUGCUGCCCUCUGAGAUGGCCUAGGCCAGGCAGAGGGGUGGUGGCGAGUGUUGACAGCCACCUGGGGAAUACAUUCACGCCCCGCUUGAGGCGGUGGCCAGGGCUCGGGGUGCCCAUCCAGGUCUUUGUCCUGCAGUGCCCAUGGUGGUCACUGUCAUGUUCCUGGCAGCGUCAUCUGCCCCACACCUGCCAGCUCAGGCCUGGUUCUGGCUCCUGGCAUCUCCUGCCACCCCUGAGAGCGCAGAGCCCCAGGGACUCCCCAUCUGCCUCGCCCACCUUGCGGUGUCACCAGUGCUCCUGGCAUCCCUUGUCCCACUGGCUGCAGACUGGAUCCAUGAGUUGGACAGUAGGGGCAGCAGCUGUGUCCUUCCAGGCCAGAAGUGGCGCCACCCAGCGCCACCCCAGGGACCUUGUCACCUGCUGCUAGUGCAGUGUGUCGUGGGUGUUGCUUCUCCUGUCCUGGAGGCAGGACUACCUGGCCACCCACCGUGCACACAAAGGUCCCCAGAAGCGUGUUCUGGAUGCUGGUGCCACCAGGAGCACAGGGACCCGUGAGCCCAGUUUCUGGGGACAGCGGUUCAGAGCUGGGGUGCCAGGACCAAGCCCCAAACCAGUGGGUGCCCGUGGGGACCUGGGAGCAGCGGCCCCUGGGGCUGGUGACAUCCCCGUUGCUGCCAUCACUUGUGUGUCACCCUGCUGCGAAGCUCUGGACCUCGCCAGCCAUGUGAGCUGCAGCUACGGUGCAGCCUGGUGACGUGUGCAGUGUCACAAUAAACAGAUGUGUCCCCACCA